CUCGACCUCGGCUGCAGAACCUCAAGAUCAGACCACGGGGCCUCUCUGGAGUAGCGGCCGCACCUCCUUCCCCCCUCUAUCUCUCUCUCUCUCUCCUGUGUGUGCGUGCAUACGAGAGGACGCGUGCACGUGGCUGUGUGGGUGUCACUCUAUCCCAGCUGAACGGGCAACACAAACUUCAAAGAAAGGAGGACAACCUGCAGGGCAGGACGGGACGUGCCGGUUCGACCACUUUGGACGUCUCAUUUGGAUCUAAUAAAUCUACUUUUGGUGCUAAAGUGCUCAGUGCAACCGGGGGGUUGGUUUCCAUUUGGCACCAGACGCAUCUGUCACCAACUGCUCGUGGGUGCCUGGACCUGCCAAAGUCAUGCCGGCCGGGUUUCAGCAGCUUGGAGGGGAGACAGUGACUGGAACCCUUGCUCUCUCAGUCUUCACCGCUGUCCUGGGAUCUCUGGAGUUUGGGUACAACAUUGGCGUCAUCAAUGCACCUCAGAAGAUCAUUGAGGAGGACUACAAUGCGACAUGGGUGUACCGGUACGGAAAGCCCAUCCCCCCAGGGACCCUCACCUCCCUGUGGUCUCUGUCCGUGGCCAUCUUCUCCAUCGGGGGCAUGCUCUCCUCCUUCUGUGUGGGCUUUGUCUCUGAGUGGCUGGGAAGGAGGAAAGCCAUGCUCAUAAACAACCUGUUUGCCUUCAUUGGUGGGAGUCUGAUGGGGAUGUCUAAGAUCUGUCGCUCCUUUGAGAUGAUGAUCCUCGGACGUUUUGUCAUUGGUGCCUUCUGCGGGUUGGCAGCCAGCUUGACGCCGAUGUACGUGGGUGAGAUCGCGCCGACGAGUCUCCGGGGGGCACUGGGCACGCUGCAUCAACUGGCUAUAGUCACUGGCAUCCUCAUAGCACAGAUCCUGGGUUUGGAGUCUUUACUCGGCAGUGAACACCUGUGGCCCGUCCUGCUGGGUUUAACCGUGGUGCCCACUGUGCUUCAGAUGGCUCUGCUGCCCUUCUGCCCCGAGAGCCCCCGAUUCCUCUACAUCGUCCGGUGUCAGGAGCACCAUGCCAAGAGUGGCCUGAGGAGGUUAACGGGCAGGCAGGAGGUGGGCGACAUGCUGGCAGAGAUGAAGGAGGAGAAGAGGAGGAUGGACAUGGAGAGGAAGGUGUCCAUCCCGGAGCUGUUUCGCUCUUCGCUGUACCGGCAGCCCAUCAUCAUCGCCAUCCUGCUGCAGCUCUCCCAGCAACUGUCUGGCGUCAACGCAAUAUUCUACUACUCCACCAGUAUCUUUAUGAAGGCGGGGGUCCAGAGUCCAGUGUAUGCCACCAUCGGAGCAGGAGUCGUGAAUUGUGCCUUCACUGUGGUGUCGCUCUUCUUAGUAGAGAGGAUGGGUCGACGGACGCUCCACAUGUUGGGACUGGGAGGAAUGUGCAUCUGUGCUGUCGUCAUGACCAUGGCUCUCGCUUUACUGGAAAGCGUUCCUUGGAUGAGCUACAUCAGCAUGCUAGCCAUCUUUGGAUUUGUGGCCUUCUUCGAGGUCGGCCCGGGUCCCAUCCCGUGGUUUUUCGUGGCUGAGCUGUUCUCUCAAGGUCCGAGGCCAGCUGCCAUGGCUGUGGCAGGCUGCUCUAACUGGACCGCCAACUUCAUCAUUGGCAUGUGCUUCCAAUACGUUGCUGACUUGUGCGGCCCGUACGUCUUCCUGAUCUUUGCGGCGCUCCUCCUCUUCUUCCUCAUCUUCACAUUCUUCCGUGUGCCAGAGACGCGGGGCAAGACCUUCGACCAGAUCGCGGCCAACUUUCACCAACGCUCAGCGGGAGGGAUGAUGAACUUGGACAUGGACAUGGACAUGGGCAUGGGCAUGGACAUGGACAAGCCCAGUACAGAGUUGGAUUACUUGGGGGAGGAAAGCAUUAACUGACGAGUCGCUGUCGAAGGAGAAAUGGAGUACAACUUGAGAUGAACCGUGCACACAGAACUGAAUCCAAACUUUUAUUUUAUGACGUGAAUAUUGGGGCCUAAUGUUGUCUUCGUGUAGAUUGUGGUGCCAAAGCAGUGUUAAAAUUGUGUGACAGUAUGGGUGUUUUUGGAAUUGUCCUUUGUUGGUACCACAGCAAUACAAUGUUAAUUGUUGUGAAUUCAGCCUCGACUUGAAAGGCUACAAACCUAUGGAUUAAGGGGUGACCGUUGUAGAUCCAAGGAAUAAGAUGCACACAAUAAUGUGUCUGGACUGUUGCGGUAUUACCAAUAUGGUAGGAUUUUAUUCCAAGGUGAUGCACUCAGUGACGAUAUAGACAGACGAAGGUGGAAAGACUUUAGAAUUCCUGCACUUUAUGAACAAAGACAUCCAAAGCUUUCAAGGUUUGGAGGUAUAGAAACAGUAGGGUGGACAGCUGAUGGAGCUUGGCUUUUGUGUGUUUUUAACUGAAGAUGGAAAGGCAUUAUGGGAAAACGGUUUUAAGAGGCUAACAUAUGGCAUUUAUAUUUUUCUCAAUUCAACAUUUGGGUCUAAAUACAUUUUUUUUCCACCAACAUUAAGUGUGUAACUGUUUAAAAUCACUUGUUCUUUAAUGAGAUUGAUUUCAAUUUUACAGUUGUAAAAUGUUUUAGAUUUCUUGGGCUUCUGUACUAAGAUUUGAGACUUAUAUGUUGCAGAAAAAGUUAAAACUUUCAGUACCAAAAUGCAGGUAUUGGAUCAAAUUCAGAGGACGACAUGCCAGCCAUCGAGUCAUACGUGUUCCCAGCUACUGUAAUGUGUCAAACUACUUUUCUAAACAACUCACUGCACAAAUGCUUUUAAAGAUAAAACUAUUUUGGUACUUCAUAUGUACAUAUAGUGUGUCUGGUUGUUUAUAUUAAGGUAUAAGGGUCUAUAAGUUUUAAUUCUUUAUGCAGUCCAGCUUGGUUUUGUAAACAGAAGCCCGACAUACUAGAGUUAAAUGUGCAAUCACAAGGGUUGACUGUAAAGUAGAUCUUGUAUUUAAAUUUUUUUUUUUUUUUUUUAAUCAAGCAUCAAGUUUGUUUCAUGUGUGCCGUUUGAUGUACAUUAUUUAAAUGGUGUGUAUCACUGCCUUUGAGAAAAAUUUGUAUGGAGAUUGUUUAGAGAGGACCUGUUAUUUGUACAGAGUGAAUACUGAUGCUGUGGUCCGUGUGGAGAACUGUAAAUAAUAUGACUGAAAACACCA